ACUAUAGUCUAUAGCAAGCCAACUAUGACUUGGUCUUCUGAAAUUUUUCUGAGGCUAGAAAUUUCCUCCCAUCAAUUCCUGGCAUUUUCUCUCAACGCGUUGAUGCGAAGCGGUCAAUUUUUCUUAGGCUAAAAAUUUCCUCCCAUCAGUCUUCUCUUCUGUUCUAUCUCGUCUCCUUCUUUGCUCUGUCACUUCCAUCGUCUUCACUUCCAUUUUUGUCAACUGAAGAUUCCAUUUCAAACUCAAACUGUAUUGUCUGAUUCCAUUUUUGGCCCGUCGUUUUAGCUCGGUUUCAUGCUUUUGCUUCAUGGUUUGUGAAGUUGAUGGUUAUGCUUCCUGGGUACUUGAAAUAGUCUUGUUGCUUUGUGAAAUUGGCACUAGCCGUUUCGUCUUGUACCUUAACUUGGAGCAACAACUAUGGCUGCGCUGCUGAGAAAGUUGCGGCCGGCUGUGUCUGCAAUCCCUGAAAAUGAUGAUGACGAGUACAGCCGCAGCGAUUACUCGAUUGCCUUGGUGUACAAUGGCCCUCCCGUCUCCUACGAUAUCCCCCAAGUAAUCCCAGUCGACAUCAGCCAAAUCCCUGUUGCCGCUCCAGUUUCUUCCGCAUCUCUGAUUAACAAUCUCGCACUCCCAGUGAUCCAACCUAUUGUAAAAUCCAGACCUUUAAACCAGAAAUCUCCAACAUUAGAUAGUUCCGGUGUAUUAGCUUGUGGUAAUGGUUAUGAGCCCAAGCCCACGUUGUCGGAUGAAAUUGAAAGUUCCGGCGCAUUGAGAUAUUCUGGAAUUGUUGAUGGUUCGCUCGAAUUAUCGACGGGUUCUGGCGAGUUCGAAGUUGACAAUGAUAAGGAGGGUGAAGGUGCUCAUGACUAUAUGAAUCCAACCAAUUCGGAAUCAACGGAGUCUGGUUUAAGCUCGCCGGGGCGUUCCUCUGAGAUUUUCUCUUGUAGAGAGGAUGACGGUGACAAUGAAGCUCCUCACCACGUCAAAAGGCCAUCGAUUGUGACAUUUCGUGAUCCUGAAUCGAGAGACGUGAUAGCUGAUGUAGAACUCUAUCAUUCUGAGGAUGAAAGUAUUGAUGUGAGCCCAAAGGUCGCGAUAAAUGUGAAGAAAGGGGUAUGCUAUCGAUGCCUUAAGGGAAACCGGUUCACGGAGAAGGAGGUUUGCAUUGUUUGUGGGGCAAAGUAUUGUUAUGAUUGCCUUAUUAGAGCAAUGGGGUCAAUGCCAGAAGGAAGGAAAUGCGUUACUUGCAUUGGUUAUAGUAUUGACGAGGCGAGGCGAGGGAAGCUGGGAAAGGGUUCCAGGCUGCUCAAGCGGCUGCUCACUGAUCGGGAAGUUAAACGGAUAAUGGAAGCUGAGAUUUUUUGUGAAGCGAAUCAGGUGCAAGCACAGGUUGUUUUUGUGAAUGGUGAGCCUCUUACUCAGGAAGAGCUCGUUCAGUUGCAGAGCUGCAAAAACCCACCAAGGAAGCUAAGACCAGGAUGCUAUUGGUAUGAUAAAGUAUCCGGUUUAUGGGGAAGGGAAGGAGAAAAGCCUUCCCAGAUUAUUAGUGCCCAGCUGAAUGUCGGGGGCCAAAUCAAGCUAAAUGCUAGCAACGGAAACACAAAUGUAUUGAUAAACAAUAGGGAGAUUACUAAAGAAGAGCUCUGGAUGCUCAAGGCGGCUGGGGUGCCAUGUGAAGGGAGCCCUCACUUUUGGGUGAGUGAUGAUGGGUCAUACCAAGAAGAGGGGCAGAAUAAUAUAAAGGGUAAAAUAUGGGACAAGACUAGAACCAAGUUGGUUUGCACGGUCUUGUCCCUGCCAGUUCCUCCUAAUUCUCAAAAUUCUUCUGGGGAAGAAGUGGGUGGAUUUAUACCAGCCAGCGUCAUCCAGAAAUCGAUUCAUAAACUAUUUUUAGUUGGUUAUAACAAAUCUGGCUCGGGUACUAUAUAUAAACAGGCCAAGCUUCUCUACGAUGUUCCUUUCUCUGAAGAUGAGCGCCAAGCUAUCAAGUUUGUGAUCCAAAGAAAUUUGUACAUGUAUCUCAGUUUUAUUCUUGAGGGGCGUGAACGAUUUGAAAAACAAAGUUUGCUUGAAAAGAAGAAAGGACGUGUUAUUAAUAAGUCAGGACCUUCAGAUAAUACAAGCCUGACAGUUGAUAACACAAUCUAUGCCAUUGGGCCAAGGGUGAAAGCUUUCUCAGAUCGGCUCCUCCAAGUUAUGGCGUUGGGUACUUUGGAACCAGCUACCUUUAGUGAAUAUGCACCACGUGUUCAGGAAUUGUGGGAGGAGGCAGCCAUAAAAGCCACAUACAACCGGAGGAAUGAAUUAGAAAUGCUACCCAGAGAAGCUACUUAUUUCCUAGAUCGGGCUGUAGAGAUUGUUAGGACAGAUUAUGAACCCUCUGAAAUGGACAUCUUGUAUGCCGAGGGGAUUACCUUAUGCAAUAGCCUUGCUUGCUUAGAAUUUUCAUUUCCUAAGUCAAUACGAGAUGACUCAGUAGACCCUGCUUAUCAGCAUGAUCCUUCACUAAGGUAUAAACUCAUUCGAGUACAUCCAAGAAGCCUGGGAGCAAACUGCAAGUGGUUGGACAUGUUUGAAGACGCUGAUAUUCUCCUGUUUUGUGUUGCUUUGACCGACUAUGAUGAAUUCUACGAAGACUUUAAUGGAGUCUCAACAAACAAGAUGAUGGCGAGCAAGCAGCUUUUUGAAAGCAUAGUCACUCACCCGACAUUUGAGAACAAGAACUUCUUGCUAAUUCUCACCAAGUUCGAUCUGCUCGAGGAAAAGAUCGAUCAGGUCCCUCUCACAAGGUGUGAAUGGUUUCAUGACUUCCAUCCCGUUACCACCAAGAAUCGUCACAACACCACUAACCCUUCCUUGGCUCAUCGAGCUUUCCACUAUAUAGCAAUUAAGUUCAAGACACUUUUCCGUUCUCUAGCAGAUGGGAAGUUAUUUGUUUCCUCAGUAACUGGGUUGGAAAAUGAUACUGUCGACGAAGCUCUCAGAUAUGCAAGAGAGAUUGUGUUGUGGGAAGAAGAGAAGCCCUGCUUCAUUAACGACUUAUCCUCCACUGACAUUGAGGCAAGCUCCUCAUGACUUCUCCUUUUUUUUUUUUUUUUUUUUUGCAUUAAAUCGAUUUGCAAGUCCUUGUUGAUCAAUCAGCUUUGCUUGGCAAAAUUUUGUGUAUAUACGCAAGCGCACACAAACAUGUAUAUGACAAAUAGGAACAGAGAAUCUGUACUUCGGUUUUAGUUGCUGAUUAGUAAAAGAAAUUGUUCUUUUUUCUGUCUC